CCAUCAAUCAAUCCCACAUCGACUGAGUACAGGAAGGCCACAGCACAGAGGCCGGCCGGGAGCAGCAGCAGCGAGAUGGCGGCGGCGGAGUCCUCUGGCACGGCGAUAGGGUCCUCGGGAAGAUGGGCCCUCCACGGCAAGACGGCCCUCGUCACCGGCGGCACGCGCGGCAUCGGGCGUGCGGUAGUGGAGGAGCUGGCGGCGCUAGGGGCGGCUGUGCACACCUGCUCCCGGAAGGAGGAGGAGCUCGGCGAGCGCAUCAAGGAGUGGGAGGCCAGGGGCUUCCGCGUCACCGGCUCCGUCUGCGACCUCUCCGCGCGUGACCAGCGGGAGCGCCUGCUUCGCGAGGUCGCCGACCACUUCGGCGGCAAGCUCGACAUCCUCGUAAACAAUGUGGGAACAAACAUAAGGAACCCAACUACUGAAUUUUCUGCAGAGGAAUACUCAUUUUUGAUGGCUACUAAUCUUGAAUCUGCAUAUCACUUGUGCCAAAUUGCACAUCCUCUUUUGAAAUUAUCUGGGUCAGGCAGCAUUAUCUUCAUUUCAUCUGUCGCUGGAGUGGUGGGCAUCUUUAGCGGAAGUGUAUAUGCUAUGACUAAAGGUGCUAUUAAUCAGUUAACCAAGAACUUAGCAUGUGAGUGGGCAAAAGACAACAUAAGAGCUAACUCUGUUGCCCCCUGGUACAUUGCAACUUCACUUACGGAAGGACUUUUGGCAAAUAAAAAUUUUGAGGAGCAAGUUGUGAGUCGAACUCCGCUUGGACGUGUCGGAGAACCUGGAGAAAUAUCGGCACUCGAUGCUUUUCUUUGCAUGCCGGGUUCCACUUACAUUACUGGCCAGACGAUCUCAGUUGAUGGAGGUAUGACUGUAAACGGGUUUUACCCAACCAAACCCUUCUAGGUGCAAGCUACCAUGGUGGUGUUCUUUCAAGUUGAAACAAAUCUAAUAAUAUGUAUGCAAAGGUGAUUUUAUCAUGAAUCGAUGUAUGAUUAUUGUUCAAUGCAUAAUUACAUCAGAACCAUGUGAAAAAUGCUGUGUUCAUAUUUGAUCAGUGAUCUGCAAAUCUGUGAUUUUGCCAACC